CCCCGCAGUGAGAAAAAUUUCUGACUACACCACAGCACUAUACAGUAAGCAAUAUACAAGACCGUAUAGGACCAAAUGGUAUAGCGUAGCAACACCGGCGAAAAAAAAAAAAAAAAGGAGCGGUGUUAAUUGGUGCACACGUACGCGCACGACGUCCCAACAUGCUUAUUGAAAGCAUAUGUAAUAUAUGGUAGUAGAAUGGCCCUGCUCAUUCUAUUAAGCGCAAUGUAUAUACUGUCGCAAAAGCACAUGGAACGCCUUAUAAGUUCGAUUGAUCGCCGCGACAUUUGCCGAGUACGUCACGCAAGUGCUUCUUCCUCUGGCAAGGCCAAGAUCGAAUGACUUCAUAAAGAGCCGAGGAAAAAAUGGCAGAGGUUCUCCAUCUGUGCACUCGCAAAAACACAAUUCUGAAUGCAUGGCGCCUGUCUCAGAACACGCACCACCAGACCGAUCGAGUGCACCUGUUUUGACCCCGCGGGAGUCGGAGCAGCUUGGAGCGCGCAGUAACGGGCGGCGAUGAGCGGUCGCUGGUUCGCAGGGGCAGACACCUUAGCUGUCACAGCUGUUCGUGAAGUGCGCACACGGCAGCACCGUAUACGUAUGCGCACUGAUACACACAGCGACGACACGAUGGCCGCUCCAGGCGCGAGAGGCAACGCCGCCGCCACGGAAUCUAGGCUGCGCAUCGACUUUUAUUCGCGGACGAAAUGAUUUCCUUUUAGCCCGGUUUCAGGCGGUAGCGACUCGCCCGCUAGCGCGGAGCUAGCGCGCGCACACCGCGAAGUUGCAGCUAGCACGGAGGAGAUGGCCGCGCAGUGGAGCAAGCUCCCAAGCUCCCCUACCCCGAGCGCCACCAAUGGACCUGGUCCGGCAUGUGGACGGCGCCAUCUCAUUGGAUGACGAGAGUUCGCUUCUCCCGUCGUAUGUGUCGGAACGCCGCGAGUCCAGGCUUGUCCCGCUUCGGAAACGGGUUGUUUGGUGCAAAAUAACCUCUUCCGACGUCGAAAAGUGUCGCCCGAACACUGUGAGACCAACGAGGAUGUGGUACGACGGUUGUGCAGCAUACUCGGAGGGAUUUUCAGCGAAUCCCGCGACUGCUUUGGCUGUUGAGUGAUGAAGCGCGAAGCUGAAUGGAAGCCGUAAGACGACGACAGGGGCCCAUCAAGAUGGACCACGAGGAGGAAGAAGACGUGGACGAUCCACAGCAAGACAGUAGAUCUGGCCACAGCACUGAGAGUGAGGAAGCCACUGACCAGUCCUCGGGCUCUCCCAGCAGCGAAGGAUCUCCUAAGCAUGAUGAUGAAAUGGGUGAAGUCUCCCAGGACAACACCGAUGACAACACUGAUGUUGAUGAUGGGCAUGAGCCACUGAAUGAGAUCCGCGAUGGUGAGUUCCAGUUCCAGGUCCAGAGCUUCCAUAUUGUGACUGUAAAUGCCCGACAAGGCAAGAAGCAGUUCAAGUGUGACGUCUGCACAGGAACCUACCAGCAUGCUUUCAGCCUCAAGAGACACUUUCUCAGGACGCACGUUAACUACAAGUACCUGUCAGAAGCAGACAUCACAAACUGUAAUAUCAAUCUUAAUCUUGUGCGUCAAUUGCGGGAAGAAAGCGACUCCUUGCUGGGCACAGCUUUAGGUGAGUCGAAGUUUUUAGGGCUGUAUCGUUGCCACCUGUGUUCCGCUCUCUUUGAUGUAAGAGAUGAAUUAAAAGCACAUGUGAGCAGCCACGUGGAUGAUAAUGGCCAGAAAGGCUUCAGUUGUGGCCACUGUGAAAUGACAUUCACUCACCGUCAAAACCUUGUUCGUCACCAGUCCGUCCAUUCAGGAGAGAAGCAAUUUUUCUGCAAGCAUUGUGACAAGAGCUUCCCGAAUCCAGCGAACCGACGGCGCCAUGAAAAGAUUCAUGAGAGCUCGGACUUGCCUUUUCCUUGUUCAUUUUGUGCAGCUUCAUUUGACCAUGGUGUGCACCUUCAGAAGCAUCUCAGGAAGCACCAUCCUGAGCAUUACUACCCAUGCGAGUUCUGUUCCAAGUUCUUUCUAGAGGAAGGGCAGUUAAAGAAACACAGGGCCACACAUCGAGCUCCCAUCGAGGGAUCAAAAGGAUGCAAGCCACCGGAAGCACAUGCUGUCUUCAGGCGAAAGCGUGUAAAAGGCUGUGAGUCUGAAAACAAGUACCUCUGCAGCAUCUGUAAGCGUAGGUUCACCACAUUUAUAAGUUUACGCCAGCAUAAGAUAUCUGCCCAUGCAGCAGUGCAGCAAGAGAAACGGACCCGUUCCCUGCAGCCACGGAAAGAGCCAAUAUCUGUCCGAUCUCGGUCAGCGAAGCCAGCUGUAAAGGAACUGUCUGAGGAAGAAUUCUACAUGACAAUUGCUCAUCGCAUCUCUGAAAACCUGCUCUACCACCUGGAUGGGAAGUCUACACAGCUCAACAUAAAGCACGAUCCAUGUGCCUUUCCAGAAGAGAAGAGUGAGAAGGCGACUGUUCAGUACAGCAUUCAUAACUUUCCGGCUGCUUUUGAUAUCACCCAAAUGAUGCAGAUUUACUCAAACCGUGUUCCAUCUAGCAACCAUGGAAUGUCUAAUGAUGGCUCAGACAACAGCGAAGAAACAGAGAGUAUCUUCCUGGGAGGUUCGCAGCAGGACCACAGCUGGCCUCAAAAGAGCAAUGGUGUUGCUAAUUUUAGGUCGCAGAAGGCUGGAGAGAAUGUGAUAGGACGCAACAUCCCUGUGACCUUUAUAUGCUCAGUGUGCGCAUCAAAAUUUAGUUCAAGGAAGGCCAUUGAUGAACAUAAGAUCAACAAUCACCCAAAUGUUGUUUGUACUCAUGUGGAAGUAGAAGGAGAAAACGAAGUGCCCCCUGAAUUGUGCUGGACAUUCACGAGUCCUGUCGGGUUCCUCCAGAGCAACACAGCCACAAUGAGAGCUGACCCAGUUUCAGCACAGGAGAACCUUGUCUGCACAAAGUGCAGCUCAAGCUUCACUUCUCGUGUUGACCUCCACCAGCACAUCCUGGACUGUGGCACCAACUCAGGCUUUCAGAAGCAGCUAACUAGGGGUUACAGUGUGCAUAGCCGCCUUGGAUGCUCUGUGAGGCAGCUUAGCGUGACUAGCAGAGAAGUCCAAGGAAAAGGAAAGAAGAGGCCACACAUUUCUGAGAGUCCCUUUGCAGAGGCUAAACGUGCUAAGGCAGGGGUCUGCUCACCUCAGAAUGAUGAGCAGGCCCUGGAUUUGAAGAUGCAUUCUGGAAACACUCCUGCCCAAUCUGUCCCAGACAUGGUUGUUGAAGAUGACAAAUCUUCUGUUGAAAAGCAGGAAGAUGCGGUUAAGCAAGUUGAAAGUACAGGACACACAGAAAAGACAGAUGAUGAUGUUUCUGUUUCACAAUAUGCAGGAGGUGAACAUGAAACAAUUGUACUUGGCACUGCUGUUGAAAGUGCAGGUGCAGAUACUGAAAAAGUGGAAGAAUCGGACACAUGUGCUGUACAGUUGGACACAGCUGUUGUGCAUGACUCUGAUAAUAUGCAACAAUCUAGUCCUGAAGAAUUAGUUGUCAGUGCAACCAGCAACCACACACAUGAGGCUGCACUAGUCGUGGAAAAGACGAAUGAAAUGCCUCCCAGUGUACCUGAAUCAUCUAUUAAAGAUGAUGUCUUGCCACAGCUUCGAGAAGACUCAUGCGAAGAGGUCAAAGCUGAAAGUGAUCAAUUUGAGUUUGCAGACAUUGAGCAGGCACCAUCUCCAAUAUUUGGUGAGGGUAGAAGAGUCCUGAGAAGCAAGACUGCUGCAGCCAGUAAUGCCACUGGUGGUGCUUCGUCUACUCUUGUAAAUUCUCACACAUGCAGCACCUGCAAGCGAAGCUUUACAUAUCUGGCCAGCUUGAAAAAACACCUCAGAGAUAUUUGUCCCAACAAAAAAGUGGCUGGACAAAAGGUUGUAAAGCGACGAAAGGCUGCGAAGAUCUCUAGAAAGGAAAGCACUUCAAGUGAAAUUCAAACAUGCACAGAACCUGUGCAGGAUGACACAGACAUGAAAAAGGAAAGCACUGAAACUGCCAGUUCUGGCUUGUUAAGUUCAGUGACCUUUCCUGAAGAAGCAGAUACAAGUGGUCUUGAACUUCUUGCCAAUGCUUCCAUAGAGCGGGCAGCCCCCAGCUGCCCCAGUGGGACAUCUUGGUCUCCUAGCAGCUGUCCUGUAAAUGCACCACCCAGCACUCUGCAGACAAAAGAACCUGAAAAUAAAGUGCUGGCUGCACCACCACGCAGGCUUAGAGGAAAAGAACGUUUGGAUGACGCCACCUCUGAAGCAUGUGACGUUGACCACAAGCCAGAUAUCAGACCCCACUCACAGGAGCACACCUGCCCCUACUGCCUUCACUCAUUUGCCUAUCUCUCUAACUACAGAAAGCACCUCCGUGAAGUGUGCCUUUUAAAGAAGAAGGCCAAGCAGAAUGGAGACGGCAAUGAGUCCGUGUUCAGUGCGAAGACAGCUGGCUCAGACGAGUCUCGUUCUCUUGUGGACAGAGCUGAUGGUCCUUCUACUAUUACCAUGUCCUUCAAGGGACGCAUUGAAAAUUCAGUCAUCAAUCUGCUUAGGAACCAGUCAAAACAGGUAGAACUGAUUGGAGCCAAGGCAGCUGCAGUUAAGGAUCAACCCGGUGGGGCCAAUCAUUCCUCGCCUAACUUCAUGACUUUCUCAUGCCCGGUGUGCCACAAGAUCUUCCUCUCGUAUGUCAAGAUGCUACAGCACCGCCUUUCUCACAAGCUUCAGACAGAUGAGCCAUCAGUAAAGGAGGAGAAGGCAGAUGUUCCUGAUGCACCGGAUUCCCACGAUGUAGAAAUGCCUUCAGCUGAUGAUGCAGGACAGGGUUUAGAUAAUGUACGACGGAGUGAUCGCAUUCAUUCUUCUACAUCUACUUCAAUUGUGAAAACAGAUGAAGAUCAGCGCUUCGAUGAAAUUCUUGUAGGUGUGCGAGGCGGUGAAGGUGUUGAGAACGAUGCCCUCGAGGAGGAGCUGAAGAGAGAAGAGCACAACUAUGCUGUUUCUCUGGCUGAGCUGGACAGUCUUCCUGAUGAAGAUGAUGGUGAGGAUGCAGCUGAAGGGGAGGAAACCAAGGAAUCCCCCAGCCCUGUUGAAGUGGCACUUUCAGAAGCAAACACUGAAACCAAGCCAACAGUUACAGCCAAGAAAACUGGUACUGGCAAGAAGAGCCCAGCAAGUGAGAAUGGGAGCAAGCCAUCUGCUAAGGAGAAGGUGCGGCGCGGAAUGCGCAGACUCUCUGGCAGGGCAUCUAAGACUACAUCCCGGGACAAGUUUGACUCUCGACCUUCACGAAGUCAAUUGGAAUCCAACUUGGAGAUGUGGCUGGUCUGCCCAUAUCUCCAACUUAACGAAACACACACGACUGCCCUUGAGUGCCUUCCCAACGCUUCCAGCAUGGAACAAGCAGCUCCUAGUGGAGCGGCUAGUAGUGGUACCGCAGAUCAGCCACUCUACAAUGUGCAGCCAAAAGAGUUUGAAAGUAAGAAUCUGGCUGCAGCACGUGGCAAACCCAAACGAGAAGAACCAUCAUAUAUAUCUGGGCGCAGUGGUCACCAUAAGCAUGAGAUCAAACGCAAUGCACAGGAGCACACCUGCCCAUAUUGCCUUCACCCGUUUGUCCACCUCUCCAACUACCGAAAGCACAUUCGCGAAGCAUGCCUUUUGAAGAAAAAGAAGAAUAAGCGAAAUGAAGACGGCAAUGAAGCCGUGAUUAGACAAAGGACAACUGGCGCAGAUGAUUCUCAUUCUCUUGAGAGAGCAGAUUGCCCUGCCGCUACAAACAUGUCCCUUAAAGAGCCAGUUGAGAAUUCAGUCAUCAACAUGCUUAGAAACCAGUCAAAGCAGGUGGAACUGAUUGGAGCUCAGGCAGCUGCAGUCAAGGACCAACCUUGUGGGGCCAACCAGUCUCCACCGAAUUUCAUGACUUUCUCGUGCACGGUGUGCCACAAAAUCUUUCUUUCGUAUGUCAAGAUGUUGCAACACCGCCUUUCCCACAAGCUCCAGACAGAUGAGCCAUCAGAGAAGGAAGAGAAGACGGAUGGGACCGAUGCAGUAGCUGGUGUAGAGAUGUCUUCAGUGGCUGUAGCAAGACAUAGUCUUGGUAGUGGGGGACAAGUUGGUCAUGCUGCUACAGCUGUUCUUGUGGUAAAGACAGGUGAAAAGUGCUUCAAUGAUACUGUCAGUGCACAAGGCACUGAAGGUGUGGAGAGCUCUGUUGUGCAGGGGAAAUUCGAGAGAGAAGAUCCCAACUGUGUGGUGUCUCUGGCUGAGCUAAACAGUCUUCCUGAUGAAGAUGAUGGUGAGGAUGAAGGGGAGAAGAAAGAGGAUUCUUUGAGCCCUUCUGAAAAGGGGCUCUCAGAAACCACCACUGAAAAGGCAGCUCGUGCAACCAGAAAGAGUAGUGCAGGCAAAAAAAGGCCACGAAGUGAGCAUGCAUCAUCCAAAGACAAGGUGCAGCGUAAAAUUUCUGGCAGAGUAUUGAAGACCACUUCCCGGCGCCAGCAUUAAUGAUGUUGAAGGAAAGUGGCUCAUGGUUUUGUUAUGUACAUUUUUAAGAUUGAUAAUUUACGGCUGUGUUUGGUGUGGCCAUACACUGAUUGUCACAUGCUUGAGCAAUACCUCCCAACUGCGACACAAUACCUGAUAUUUAGAGUUGGAGAACUUGUGCCGGGAAUACAUUUUGGACGCUGAUGAGCUGAUCAAUGUGUGCCUUGUGUGUUAGAUUAGUACUGUAAAACAGCUGAACUAGUGGUGGGUCAUUUCAGCAGGCCUGUGCUGUAGACUUGAUGGGGCAUCUAUGGAAAUGAGAGUUUGUGCUAUAGAGGCCUCCGUACAAAAUGGAAAAUCGUUUUUUGUCAAGAAAUGUCAGUAGAGGAAGGCACUUUUAUUUAUGUUGAAUGUUUAGUUCCUCAAUGCUGUUUUCCGCUUAAGUAUAGAAAUUAGUGCAAAUUGUUUGUGAUUUUAGUGUUAGUUGCUUAAAACUUCAGGCAAUAAUAACAGGUGUUGCACAUCAAAGUUGCUUAUUAGAUGAUCUGUCGAAUGAAGCAAAUGCACAGGCAACAUUUCAGGUAAACCUUGGAUAUUCCUUUGUCGAACUUGCAAAAGCACUUGGUCGUUGCCUCACCCACCUGCCUCACCCCUUCUCCCCUUUAGAAGAACCAUACCUAUAUAUGUACUGUGCUGUGGAAAGCAUACUUCGCCUUGAAAAAGACGAGUCCACUUGUCGAAAUGUUGGCUCUUGCUUUUACCUUGUUCUCGUUUUGCUCAUUGUUUUGAAUUUCCAUCUCCCGCCUUCCCUAUGUUUUUCCCUGUAUAAGCACUGGAAGUAGCACAAACAACAGGAAACAUUACUGGCGUUGAAAGGGUACUGAGAUAUUUUGAAGUUGUAGAAAGCACCACACACUUCAGCAAUAAGGCUACGCACGGUGUCAUAACUCAAGGAGAAGUAAGCAAGAGUGCUGCAUUUCUUGUAACUGCACUUGUGCGUGGGAAUUGUAGCGAUUGCAAACAUGGAGUGAGGCAACAUAUCAUGAUGCAUCCAUCUCUAGAGUAGCAAAACCUAAAGUGAUUCAUAGAAAUAAGUACUAUAGUAAAUGAUUUAGAGUGCUCUGAUGCUUACUAGCAUUCUUUCUGGGUUUUAAGGAGUUUGGCUCUAUAGUUAAUGGAAAAAUAUGACAAGCUGAGAAUUUCAUGUCAAUACUCCUUUAAAAUGAGAUGUGUUAGUGGUUUAAAAAAAGUCUAAAUUGUAUGAUAGGCCUUGCCUGGCUUUGACCUGUGCAAAUAGAGCAAGGUUAGCAAGGUUAUCACAUGUCCUGUGGCUUGUGAACUGUACUGACAGUGCAGUGAAGCAGCUUCCUCAUACUUGUGAAGUUCAUGUAUACUGUGCGCAUACUGCACAACUCAUUCUUUUGUUGAACCUUGGGUCCUUGCAGAAGAGCUUGCAGUUAAUUUUCCUUGUGCUUUAUUUUUGGUCUAUAAAUGGAAAGCUUAUGAUAUGGAAAAAAAAAGAAUAUAUGGCCGUCUUUCUGAUUGCUUAUGUUCCUGGGAGGAGUACACAGAAAAUAAGCUAGUCUAACUUGGCACUAUGAGGUAGCUGUAGAACGUUCGAGUGCUGUGUUUUAUAAGUAAAAGUAUGUGAAACUGUUUCACACUUACUAUCUUGACGCAUUGUCAAGGCAGUGCCAGUUCCUCUUCAAUUCACUCAUGGUGAAAACUGAAGCCUCAGUGGUGUGUGUGUCCUCUUGCAUCAACUUUGUUGCAUUUACUUGCCUCCAAUAUGAGGAGUGGUUGGUCAUUUGGAAGAGCUAGAAACACAUGGCUGGUUGAGGACAGGUGGUAGCUGCAUUCUCUUGUUGGUUGUACGAUAAACAAGGAAAGUGCACUGAUAACUUCUUUUUAUUGAUUUAUGUGUUCUGCAUUUGGAAUACUAGAAGGGCUUGCACAAUGCCAGGAAAGUUUUCCUUUUCAUGGUUUAUGUGGUCUGAUGACUUGGAGGUUCUCACUGCAGUCUUAAAUCUAGGUUUUGCACUUUGCAUCUUCUGCUGCAAUACGUGCUUUGUGCGGAGGAGCCAUUGUCAGUGUCUGCUGAAGGUAUUUACCUUGCAAACACAAAGAGUACAAACAGGCACAUUGCAAGGCUUGGGUGUGUGGCACUGCAUGGCAGCUGGCAUUAUACAGCUGUAGCCAUCUACCAGUCUUGUCUAAAGACUGGACCAAUCUGUAGUGGGGAUUCCUCAGCAUGAGAUGUGCCAUCCUAUAAGUGAAGCCUUGGUGCCAGGAAUACCGUUAUGCUAUGUGCGAGAAAAAUAAGGGGAUCUCAAGGGCUCAAUUUUUGUUAGUUACAACAAAAUCAUGUUCCACAUCUGCUGCCAUGGCCGUCGAAGGUGCUGGCUAGCACGUCUAAUCUUGUACGCAAGCACAAAUACCCUAGAAAGUGUCCGGGACGAUGGCCACUGCAGUAACUUAAUUGGUAAAGCCCUGCACACAUAUUGUAGGAAAUGUGGGUUUGGCUGCAACCAGCGGCAAGUUAUCUUUUUGCCUACUUUCAUUUCCAUUUGCCUCGUUAUUUCUAUGUUUCAACUAAACAUGAGAAUUAGUUUCUCCUACGCUUUCUCUGGCUUUAUUGCCCGUUUUCUUCAUAUGAGUUGCUCUGUAGUUCCAUGUGAUACAUUUGAAAUGGCUGGCAUAACUGUGGUAGCAUGUUCAGCUGGCAUCCAGUGCAUCCGAAAUCGAACACCGAAUUUGUGUGGGAUUUUUUUUUUUUUUUCAGCUUGUGGCUCAUUUCAAUCAUAACCAUCAUUUUGCAGCAUUAUUCCAAGGCAGGAAAAAACCCGUAACAACUGUUGCUGCAAAUAGUUUUAAGCUUGCCAAAUUAGAGCAUCUGGCAAAGGCAGACUUCUGACCGUUGUGCAGAGAAAAACGUCAUUCGAUGUGAUACAUUAAAAGGGCCCUGAACCACUUUUUAUCGAAGUGGAGAAAGACAUUUGAAGUGAAGAUAGGCUAUUUCAGAACCACUUUGCCACAAAAAGUACUUGAAUGCGUUCAGCAGAAGCGGAGUUAUAGGCAAUCAAACACUGCCUCAGCUGUGCUCCCCUUCCUCCUCCAAUGCCUUGCACUGCGAAGGCUACGGCAGAGACGUCACCGAGGUGCGCAAUUCAAAUUUCCAAUUUGGUGCCUAUACCGCCCUAAACGUAAGCCAAACGCGGCUGUCCUCAGAGAGCCGCAGUGCGCUUAGCCACUGGACUCGUGACGGCCCCUCGCGGCGGCCACGGUGUAGCCGAGCGCAGCGACCAAUAGCCGCCGCGUAUUGGAGUGUGCUUUUUGAUGAAAUAGAGCACACAGAAAAGAGCGAGGAGCAUGGGGUUUUUGAAACGAGAGUGUUUGAGAAAAAGGUGACUUCGCGCUCCACUUGUGAGUUCCACAGACCGUUUACGACAGCAGAACUUGGCUGAGAUGUUCACAACAGCAUAUGCUACCCGCAGACUAUGUUAUUUCACCAAGCCCAAGGGGUGGUUCAGGGUCCCUUUAAUAUUGUUACAAAUGUAUAAUGGAUUUAUUUACAGUGAAAAAGGUAGAGAAGACAUGGGACGGCCGCAUUUCGAUGGGGGCGAAAUGCGAAAACACCCGUGUACUUAGAUUUAGGUGCACGUUAAAGAACCCCAGGUGGUCGAAAUUUCCGGAGUCCCCCACUACGGCGUGCCUCAUAAUCAGAAAGUGGUUUUGGCACGUAAAACCCCAUAAUUUUUAAGACAUGGGAUGGUCCAAAACAGCCGAUCACUCCAAAAACCUUGCACCACAUCUUCUUUCUCUUCCACACUCCUCCGGUGCAGCGUUACAUUUUCUUCCGGGGCAGACGAAGCUCACCGAGUGAGUCCUGACGUGUACAACUUGCGUCUUGCAUGAACGGCGGUUAUCAACCGUCACUUUAGCAAUGGCAUAGGUCACUUUACUCAAGCAUUUGAGAAUGAUGAACGGGCCCGAAUACUUGGAGAGAAGCUUUUGGCAAAGUCCCCUUUUCAUAACCGUUGUCCACAAUAUUUUAUAUAUGAUGGAGGCACUGAAUAUAACUAACAGAGUACUGUUAACAAAAAAUAUCAAGCGUAAAUUGUGCAUGAAGCACAAAUGCUGAAACAGUGCUUGUAUUUAAGAAGUCAGCUGGAAGGACAGAAUACACACCAAGUAUUGAGACUGCCAACCUUGUUAAACGUAUGCUCACCACUGAGCUUGUGUUCAAACAUGCAGACUUGAUUGCAAAGUGUCGCUGGAGCUGAUCAUCUGGGAGUCCCAUCCUCUUCCAGCCAUGUGCAAAGUGGUCGCAAAGUGGAUGCAAAGCAGACUAUGCCAAUCCAUGCAGGAUUUGCGCAGCUUGCUAUUGAGAGGCGGGAUGCAUGUUGGGAUGACCACGAUUGGCUGCUUGUAACUACUUUCUUUUUGCAAAACAUUUCUUGGCUGUAAACCAUUACAAAUGCAACCAAUUUUGGUGCUGCAAUGGCAGUGAACCAUGAGGGACAGAACCUGGGUGGCUGAUGUGUGAAGAAGUAAAAGAGCAGACUUGCCUACAUGCUGCACAAUGAGGUUUUUCCAAGAGUAUCAUGUUUAUUAUGAAAGUACAUAUUUGAGGUUGCUGGUAUGGUAUAAUUCACUCUGCAGUUUAGAAAGCACAGGACAAACAGCCAGAGAGGGAAGGAAACAUAGUGCUUACAACCAAGUCUUAUUCGGUAAAGCGUGCGAAAUAUGCACAGAAGGCCAUUAUCACCACAAGUGCACUGUCAUGGCAGUAAACAGUUGCACCAAAGUGAAGCGAUAUCAACUGCCAUGCCUAAGAAAUGGUAAUUCAUUCUCUGAAAAAGCAUUCAAAAGGGUACCAACACGGAUAUCUCCCAAGUGUGCAUUUCUUUUGGCCUUGAUGGUUUCUUGGGUUAGGUGAACCUUGCGCCUGCUGAGAAGAUUGCAUUGUUUUAACAAAAACAAACACGCCACAGCACGUAAUGGGCUGACCAUCAGCCUAUGUGCAUAUGCUUGACAUUGUAGUCAUGUUGUCUUAUCACUUAUCUCUCUUAUCAGUCAUAGCGUUUACCACUUUUAAGGGGUAUGAAGUAUACCAUGUUUUCCACACACGAAAUAAUUAUUUUUGCCAGCCGAUGUUGCUUAGUGGCUAGGGCAUUGCAUUGUUAAGCUUGAGAUCACGGGAUCGAAUGCUGGCCACAGUGGUCAAAUUUGAUUGGGGCAAAAUGCAGACACCUGUGUACUGUGCAUUGGGUGCACGUUCAAGAACCCCAGGUGGCCAAAACUAAUCCGGAGACCCCCCACUGUGGCGUGCCACAUAAUCAAAUCGGGGUUAGACCUCAGAAUUUAAUUUUUUAAACAUAUUUAUUUUUAUUAGUUUUCUCUAAAACUUUCUCAAGUAACACGUCAGCACUAUGUGUAAUCCAUUAUGGCUGUUUGUCCUGUGUGCAGUGGAUUACAUCAUAUUAAGCCUUUUCUGGCAUUUGAAAAAGUGCCCAUCACUUUACGAUUGGUUGGGAAAGAUUGUUACUCUUGUAUACAUUUAUACUUAUUUUAUGACAUGUUAACCUAAUUGCGUAUGGACUACUCGUAACACUUUAAUGGAAAGAUUCUUGACAUGUACGUUUACUGGAUGCAUGGUGUAAUCAUACUGCCCUUGCUUACUCAAGUUUGGUUGGUUACAAGAAAUUGUUGAUGGCAUAAAAGACCUUGUAUUAAUGUCUUGUCAUUCACUGAUGGUAUUGCGUGUCUUUAGUAGAAGUCUCACAUUUCUCAGAGUUUUAUCAUACAUACUUUUGAAACUUUUGCACCCAUCAUAUUUCUAAAUAUGCAUUGGAAAAACUCCAUCAUUUCAUUGUACACCAAGAAAAAGAAAUAUGCAUCUUCGCCAUUUAGGAUGUUUGGCUAAUAAGGAGAGUGCUUCCUGAUAUUUAAUAAACGCAUUUUUCUCUCCGA